AUGGCAUUUUCUAAAACGGGUAUUCCUCGCACAGCCCAACAUUUUUUAGUGUGUGGUACUGAAGAAUGUGAAAGAAACUGUGAGUUCUAUUGCAACCCUUGUCAUCAAAGAUUGUGCAAACAAUGCAGAGAUGAACAUAUGAAAAGUCUAGAAAUCCAAAACCAUGAGGUGGUCCUUUACCAACAACGCAAACGACAACUUCCUGUGGAAAAAUGCAAGAUCCAUCCCACUAAAGAUAUAGACAUGUUCUGUAAAGAGUGCCAAGUCCCACUGUGUUCCAAGUGUGCUUCAAAGGGGGGCCACCAAAGACAUACAUUUGUUGAUCUAGAAAUAAUCUAUGAAGAAAAAUUAGUGAAUUGCCAAGAAGAAAUCUCCAAAAUUCUUGAGUAUUUUCUCCCAAUAUCACAAGAUUUACAGAAAGAAUUUAAAAAAGAUGCCGUUAAAAUCAAAAACAUCAUGGACAACAUCAGGAUAUCCAUGAAAACUGAAGUUGAAUUCCUGAAAUGUCUGUUAGACACAGUCAUAUCUGAGAACAUGAAGCAGAUAGACCAGAUAGAGCAUUCACUGUUAGAAGAUCUCAACUCCCAAGGCAGGACCAUGGAUGAUUACACCACUUAUCUUAAUAACCUUGUCAAAGAGCUCCACAGAUGCCUGUCCUCUACAAUGCCUAUGAAAUUAAUAUCUGAGAAGCCGAAGAUCCGAUCCAUACCACAGACAACAAAACCAGUCAUACCAGUAUUUACUGCUGGCCAGUACAGCAAAAGCGAUGUCACAAAAUUACUUGGUAAAAUACAUAUCCCCGAAAUAAAGACAAAAAAGAGAGAAAUAAGGCCCAUUGAAAGUGUCUACAAUACAGCAACGAAACAUUCACUCGAACAAUUGAAAAAAUACAGAAAGAAAUCUGCCAAGAAACAAACAUUGUCUCUUUCUACCUCUGUCACCAAGGUCAAGGAGUUGUAUGUACCAGGUGUUUAUAGUGUAUACCAUAUAUCACUAGAGCAAUCAGACAGACUCUGGAUCAGUUACAGUUAUGGUAAUCUUGUCCAAACAGAUCUACAGGGGAAAGAGAUACAGAGGAUAAAAACCUGUAGUGAACGUGGUUACCACACAGUGACACAGGACGGGGAUCUGAUCUUUACAGACCAGGACAAGAAAGUCAUCAACAGGAUAACAAAGGAUAAUAAUAUCACUGAAUCCAUUAAAACUGGAAACUGGGUACCACUCAGCAUACACUCCUCUCACAUCAACGGGGACUUACUGGUGGGGAUGAAGAAGACUGAAGAGGCUAAAGUCACUAGGUACAACAAGACAGGAAAAGAACUACAGAACAUACAGUGGGAUAACAAAGGACAGAGACUGUAUAAACUACCACACUAUAUCACAGAAAACAUCAAUGGAGAUAUCUGUACAUCAGACUUUUAUAAUGGAGUAGUGUCGGUGAAUAAAACAGGACAAUAUAGGUUUUCUUAUAAAGGUCAAGAGUCAAAGUUCACUCCCUGGGGAAUCUGUACUGAUGUCCUUGGUCAAAUUCUGGUGUGUGAUGGUUUCAGUGUCCAUCUUCUUGAUCAGAACGGCCAGUUAUUGUCUCUAUUACUCACACAAAAACAGUGGGUACGCCGUCCCCGUAGUGUGUGCGAGGAUGAUGAGAACAACAUCUAUGUGGGACAAGAUUACACCAAUACACUAACAGUUUAUAAGUAUCUCCAGUGA